AUGAUGACUCACCAUCCGGAAAAUUCUUCCAACCACAACAACACUUUGGGUUCGUCCAACAAUGAUUUUUUCAUUCCAGAACCACCUACACUCAUCAUUCGACCUAACAAGGCUUCUCCAAAACAACCCACUACAGCUACAACACUUUCCACCUCAUCUCCCAUUCCAUUGGAUGACUUGAAUGGACUCGUGCAAGAGUUGAAUAAACAACAGCAUCAUCAUCAUCAUCACGAGGAUGACUUGUUGAACUUGAACACCUCGACAACACCCGCAACAGCAACCACUCCAACCACAGCACUUUUGAAUCAACUCACUUCCUAUAUAAAUGCUACCUCAGCCUCGACAGGAGCUUCACAGUCUUCUCAACCACUCUACAACUCAAUGGAUGAACAUCAUCAUCGUAUGGAUACGUUUGAAUUAUCAUCUGCCACAACACCAACCACUGCAAGUGCUAAUUUCCUUCUUUCCACUCCAACACUCUCUCCAAGUACUUCGGGUGGAUUUGGGUUAAUCAUUGGUGGUACCAAUAACAGUAAUCCUCACGAUGAUAUCAUGAAUAAUCACAACAACGGAUUCAAUCAUAACACUUCGAAUCACCACUUAUUUGAUAAACAAGUGGAUAGAAUCAAAACGAGUUCGAGCUCCAUCUUCUUGACGAGUGUAAAUACACCAACGAGUGUGAAUGGAUUACUGAAUUCUCCUGCUGACUUGGACUUUUUAACUUCAAACACCAACACUGGUACCAACAAUGGAAAUGCCAUUCCUUGGUUGCAACAUGAUAACUCGACACAACAAGCAACACCACACGAUGUUUUUGAAUGUGAAACUCAUACUCCCUAUCAAGUCAUUCAAAAUAACAUGCAAAUGGUCGAGUCCUUGACUGAAAUGUCAGCCAUGACAGCAUCCUCAUCGGCACCAAAUACCAUGAUGAUCAUGUCUGGCGGUGUUAAUACUGUGGCGACUGCUGUCAAUACUUUGAAUAGUACUAAUCCUCUCCAACUUCCAGGUGGUAGUGUAAUUUCCACUCCACAACAACCCAUUCCUUUAAAUUCAAUGGGCAUGAACACAACACCUACUACUCUCUUUCAUUCAACUUCUAAUAACAACAACAAUGGAGCUUCCAUUUUGGGAGUUUUACUGAACGCCAAAAAGAUGUGUCCACCCAUGAUGAUGACUGCACAAGCACCUCCAUCUCUUCAUAACAUGCCUGCUGCUGCAAAUAUCAUGAUGGCAGCAUCUGCCAUGAACAAUGCAACUUCACAAUUGUCUCCUCCUUCAUCUCAGGUCGUGGUACCACCAUCGAAUACGACCACUGGUGGUAGUAUGGUGUUAAUGAAUCAACUCUCACCACGAGGAGGUGCAGUGAAUUGCAGUAAUAAUAACAAUGGUGGCGGAGGUUUGCAACAAGUGAUGGGAUCAUCCUCUUCUCCAUCACAGCAACAACAACCCAUUAUUCCACAACAACAAAUGCAUGUACUACCUCCUUCUACCUCUACUGCUGCUACUGCUUCGAAUACCACCACCACAACCACAACAACUAUGAUCGCCUCUAAUGUCACCACAAAUGCUAACAACAAUACUAAGAAGAAUUUCUCAUCGUCGUCUCAACAAAAUCACUUGAUGAUGGAUGCCUUCUCAACCAAUACGAGUCAAACUUCUUCCAGUGCUCAAUCAAACACUACUAAGGGCUUCUUCAACACCAAACUCAAUCCAGCAAACUUUUACUAUGGUACCAGUGGUUUCUUGAAAUUUCAUGAUUACUCAACAAAAAUUUCAAAGAAAUCGUCGAAUAGAAUUCAAAAGUCGAACAAGAUGAAAAACGCCCUUGCUGUCAAUAACAACACUAGUGCUGCUCAAGGAGCUAACAAUGUUCCAAUUGAACAAGGCAACUCUACAUCAUUUCAAAACAACAACAAUUCAAUGAUGAUGUAA